CACACCUUGCACCACACCAAUGUGCCUUGGAAACAAACUGUUUACCAACACUGAUGACUUGUUUCAUGAUCCUAAACUAUACAGAAGCAUCAUAGGCUCACUUUAAUAUCUCACCUUAACUAGGCCAGACUUGUCAUUUGCCAUUAACAGGUUAAGUCAGUAUAUGCAAAACCCCACCAACACACACUAGAAUGCAUGCAAAAGGGUGCUGAGGUACAUCAAAGGCACCACUAAUCUUGGCCUUGUAUUUCAACCUGCUACCUCAAUGACCAUUGAAGCCUACUUAGAUGCAGACUGGGCCUGCAAUCUGAAUGACAUAAAGUCUACCACAGGGUUCAAUGUCAUGCUAGGAGAGAAUCUCAUCACUUGGGGUUCAAAGAAACAAACAGCUGUUGCCAAAUCAAGUACAUAAUUCGAAUAUAGAGCUUUAUCUACCAUUGCCACUGAAGUUGUUUGGAUCACUUCAGUACUCACAGAAAUGGGCAUCAACUUAUCUAAAAUUCAUUCUAUCUAGUGUGAUAAUCAAGGAGUACAACAGUUAGCCUCCAACCAUGUGUUUCACUCAAGAACCAAGCACUAGAGGUUGAUGUUCACUAUGUCAGAGAGCUAAUCACCAAAAACAAAGUUCAAAUUGCCUACAUUCCAACAGAGGAACAACCUGCAGACUUGCUCACAAAACCUCUCACACUACCAAAGUUUAAUUUCUUUUGUCAAGCUGUCAUUAGAGUAUCCUCCUUCCAGCUUGAUGGGGGAUGCUGAGGAUACUCAAGAUUAGUUCUUUGGUCUGGUAGUUAAGUUGGUUAUUUCUGUUAGUUUAGUUAAGUGAGUUAAUUAGUGUAUUAGCUCCUCUUUUCCUUUUCUGUAUUUCUCUAUUGUAAUCUCAACUCAGCAGAACCAGAACCAGAGGGAUCAACGUUAAGCUACUCUUAUAUUUCUGAAAAGCUUUCAUCUUUAUACACAAAAAAAUAUAUAUACCUAACCCCACCUCAGCUUCCAUAUAUGUAUUUAUAGCUAUCUUAACUGUUUGUUUUGUUAUUUAUUUGUAAGUAGAGAUUGUUUUGGAGUUUGAUUAUGCAGUUAAAAUGAAGAUGGUUUCAUUCCCUAAUAAGCUGAUUCUUCUUCCAUGGACUGUUCUUCACGCCCUCUGUGACUCCCACAGAUUCGCUGAAGCUCACCACCGCUUUUCCCUUUUCAUUCAUUCCGGUUGUGUCCCCGACGAGCGCACUUGCAAUAUUCUCAUCGCUCGUUUGCUUGGUUCUCGAUCUCCCGACCAUACUUUGAGCGUUAUCCGCCGUUUGAUUGGUGUUAAGCGUGAGUUUGUGCCUUCUUUGAUUAAUUAUAACCGUUUGAUUGAUCAGCUAUGUUCGUUGUCCAGGCCUGCAGAAGCUCAUAGCUUGAUUUUUGAUUUGUUGGGAAGAGGGCAUUGUCCUAAUACUGUUACUUACACUUCUUUGAUUAAUGGGUAUUGUAAAGUUGGUGAAUUUGAUUGUGCACAGAAGGUGUUUGAUGAAAUGGGUGAGAGAGGUGUUGUUCCGAAUUCACUGACUUACAGUGUCUUGAUUAGUGGUGUUUUGAGGAUUCGUGAGGUUGAGCGUGGGAGAGAACUCAUGUCCAUGCUCUGGGAAAGAAUCAAGUGUGGAGAUCAUGACCCCUCUUUGAAUAAUGCAGCUUUUUCGAAUCUUAUUGAUUCUUUGUGUAGAGAAGGAUUUUUCCAGGAGCUGUUUAGGAUUGCAGAAGAUAUGCCACAAGGAAAUAGUCUCAGUGAGGAGUUUUGCUAUGCUCAAAUGAUUGAUUCUCUCUGUAAAACCGAUAAACAUCAUGGCGCUUCGAGGAUUGUUUAUAUUAUGAGGAAAAGAGGUUUGGUCCCAAGCUUGGUGUCAUAUAAUUCUAUUGUACAUGGACUUAGCAAGGAGGGAGGCUGUAUGAGGGCUUAUCAGUUGUUAGAAGAAGGCAUUGAAUUCGGAUAUCGACCAUCUGAGCAUACUUACAAGGUCUUAGUAGAAGGUCUUUGCCGAGAAAAUGACCUUCACAAGGCGAAAUUUGUCUUUCAUGUUAUGCUCAACAAGGAAGGAGUUGAGAGAACUAGAUUUUAUAACAUAUAUCUUAGAGCUCUUUGUUUUAUGGAUAAUGCUGCAACUGAGCUUUUGAAUACACUUGUUUCUAUGCUCCAAACUCAGUGUCAACCUGAUGUGAUCACUCUCAAUACCAUUAUUAAAGGGUUUUGUAAGAUGGGGAGAGUAGAAGAAGCUUUGAAAGUACUAGAUGACAUGAUGGUUGGCAAGUUUUCUGCUCCUGAUGUUGUGACAUUCACCACCAUCAUUUUUGGAUUACUUGAUGUUGGAAGAACUGAAGAUGCUCUUGAUUUUCUGUGUAGAGUAAUGCAUGACAGUGGUUUGAACCCUGGCGUUGUGACAUAUAAUGCAGUCCUUCGUGGAUUGUUCAAACUUCAGCUAGCAAAUGAAGCCAUGGAGAUUUACAAUGUCAUGGUAGGAAAAGGUGUUACAGCUGACAGUACUACAUACACUAUCAUAAUUGAUGGAUUAUGCAAGUCUAGUCAGAUAGAAAAAGCCAAACGGUUUUGGGAUGAUGUAAUCUGGCCAUCCAAAAUUCAUGACAACUUUGUCUAUGCAGCUAUUAUCAAAGGGCUUUGUUGCUCUGGAAAAUUCAGUGAGGCUUGUCAUUUCCUUUAUGAACUUAUUGAUUCCGGGGUUUCUCCAAACAUAUUUAGCUAUAACAUUCUAGUUGAUAGCGCCUGCAGACUAGGAUUGAGGGACGAAGCUUAUCGAGUUGUAAGGGAGAUGAAAAGGAAUGGACUUACACCUGACUGUGUGACAUGGAGGAUUCUUGACAAGUUACAUGGUGGGUCGAGAAAACAAACAUUUGCUGACGAUUCAGCCUUAAAAUUGAGUAGCAGAUCACAAGAGAUGGAAAUCGAACUAGAUUAUUGCAAGAACUAAUAACAAUGCUUAUGAAUGUUCACAGAUAAUACUGUGCUAAUCAUCACAGAUAACCUCUUCAAGCUCCUGUUUGUUGUAUGGGAUUAGGAUAAGUAAUCCCAAUCCCAUGUUUGGUUACAUUAUUCGAUGGGAACAAUAAUCCAUUGGUUUUAUCAAACAUAAAACCACUUUCCAUGAUAUUUGAAUUGAACCUACAACAUUCAUUUCUCGAUGCUGAUGUUCUCCUCCCUACGCCAGUUGCCAUUCGUCGUCAUCCUUGUUGAGAUCAUCCCACUAUCACCAUUGACAUCACACCACCAUUCUCUUGUUUUCGUUCAUUUCAAACUUCAUUUGAUUGAAGCAGAGUGCAGGGAACAACUAAUGGGGCCGAGGAGGGAUAUGCAGAUGCGAAGCGAAAAACACACUUCCCUUGAAAUUUACUGAGCAAAUGAUGCAGACCUAGCAAGCUUGUUGAUCAACCCAACAGGCAGUGAGAAAAAAAGACAUGUUUAUACGUGAGUCUUUUCUUUGGAAUUGAACUAGUUUUAGUGUUUUAGUGUAUUAUUAUUUAUUUAUUUUUUUUUAAUUUCAGUAUCUUAUUUGGUUCAUAUUUUGUGUGUAUUCUUACCAAUGAAAACGUAGUUUGUUAUCUUGCUAAAGGAAAAAAAGAUGAAGUUAGGACAGUAAUGGUAUGUGCUCUAUAUAAGGGUAUUGCAGUAGUUGAUUCCAAUGGUUUCUUCUUUUUGUAUUUGGUGCAGUUAUCUUAGAAUCCAAGUCACUUGAUUUACAUUUAAAGUAAACUAGGACUAAUAUCAAAUUGUCAUAACUUGUAUCGAGUGGUGUUAGAACACUAAUGUAGGGGUAUUCAUUCAAUCUAAUUCGCACUAUUUUGCUCA